AUGUGCUUCCUGCCAUAUGACGAGAGCCAAAGUGCUCAUCGUGCAAACGAACACUUUGGCCCCCUGACAGGUGCCUUACUGGCAAAUUCUAUUGAGAGUGACCAACUUGACGAUCAUCUUUUGCGGCUCUUUACAAAACCACUCACCGGCCGGUCUGCACUGGAGGAGCUCCCACAUGUUGGUGUAACGCAUCUAUAUAUCGCAGGUAACAACUUCUCUUCUGACGGACUGAUAAGUUUGCUGCAAACAAGGAGGUUAAAUGUUUUCGACGCUGGAGCAACGCCUCUUGAACGGGAUAAACUUAUACCAAUAUUCAGGAGUCCAGCUGUGCAAGGUCUUAGGUACCUCAAAGUACAUCAUUCUGUGGUCACGGAGGGCGUGACGUCCAAGAAUACCCUAGAAAGUCUGCUCGCCGAGGAAAAUGAAUCAUCGGAAGAAAUGAUUCAAGCGCUCCUUGACAAACGACCAACAUUCUGCAAGGCAAACAGCAAUAAUAUGGAUGACCACCCAGAUCUUCACCCUUCCAACGUCGCCUAUCUUCAAACACUAGUUCUCACAGACAUACCAGCAUCAGUUCCCCCGUCUUCUCCCAUCAUAUCUUCGCUCACUCGCUUCAUCUCUGCUUGCGCUGACGAGUCGCUUCUUGCCUCAUUGCAAGCCCAGUCCAAUUAUUCCCUCCCCCCAGGCCAAUACCGCGCCAAAGCAGUACAACAACAUGCGAAGGAACUCUUCGCCCUCAGUAGAAUCGUUUUAGAAAUAACGCCUACUGGGAACCCUAACCGGCCAGAAUCGUUACCAACUUGGGCUCCAGCGAGCUAUUACCAACGAGACGUGUUUAAAUCAAGCACCGGGGAUCUAGACACUGAGAAUCUAUGGGCAGCCGCCGCAAAUGACUUUAGUUUCUUUGGCGAGGAAGAAGAAAGUAAGAAUGGGCUUCGUCCCCAGGGGCCACGGUCACCCCUGAACUCAGAUGAAUUACCACCAGCACGGAUGGUGGAUUUAGUAGCAGCGCUGGCAGCAUUCCGAAGAGAGAAACGAGAUGGACAUAAUAAAAGGGCCCAGGAUGGAAGAAGCAGGCUACUGACUGCUGAUGGCCACUGGGAAGGGGAGGUAAAGAUUCUCAGGAACCCUCUCUAA